AUGAACUCCUAUAUGAGUGGUGAAACAACAGCAAUGUUGGCUGAAUUUAAAUUGUCCUUAAAUGCUUACCUCAAAGAGCUCGUGGAUUCCCCUGAGAUGAUUAAGGAAUUUGGACAAGACAUUUUUCUGGCAGCUGAAGCCACGGAUGGGAUCGGUGAUGCAGAAAAGAAAGCUUUGCUCAAAUUGGCAAUACUAACACAAGCUGGGUUCGUGAAGUUGAUGGUGGAGAAUAAGCUGGAUGCAUUGGUGACUGCUGGCUCUGAUGUUGCUCCUGUGCUUGCAAUCGGGGGGUUUCCGGGAAUUAGUGUCCCUGCUGCAUACGAUAUCAAUAGCAAGGGGGUUCCUGUUGGUCUCUGUUUUGGUGGAUUGAGGGUUCUGAGCCUAAACUAA